AUGAGCGCUUCCGAUAUGGCUGUGGACGCCACAAACGGCUUGUCCGUCGGAGGUGACUUUGGAGGAGAAAGAUCAGCAUCGGCUCUCCCGACGACAUGCUCUGCAAAUGCGGAAGGGCCGAUAUCGCAAGAAGGGCUCUUCGACGCACUUUGCCAGGCUCAGAGCAGCUUAUCACAGCAAUCGCAAGCUUGGGCUGAGAUGCAUCCUCUCAACACAUCACUGCAGUCGCUCUAUUCGCCUUGCAACACUGACGGAGAGCUGUCACGCGAGCAGUAUCGGCAUCUCAUUUCUCAGCUUCGUCACUCUGUCUCACGAUUUGCGGCAAGGAGUGCUGCUCUCAAAUCACAAGGCUCGAACUCUUGUUCGGCGUCGGUGCCGCAGUGUGAAGAUGCAAGCACUUCUGCUCAGCUGCACCGAUAUAUCUCGCUGCUCACCGAAACUUCAACACACACCGCAGCACUUGCGCACUCUAUCGCGCCGAUCAAGUCAGCUGGCCAAUCGCAGAAGGAAGCAGCGUUUGGUGAGAAUGCUUCGGCUCCCUUGCCACAACGCUUGCAAGCCGGCCUCUUGCGCAGCGGACCUUGCCAAGGGCCUUGUGCUAAUCGGCAGGAUGCGCUGCAAAACUUGGCAGCCCUCUGCGACACGCUCGAGAAGAGGGCGCAAUCUCUUGGUCUCGAAACGUUCUCAGAGCCCUCUUCAGAUCCUGCCGCACCACCAUCCCAUCCACAGUCUGCAGACACACUCACCCACACAUUGACGCUCGGAGCCAAGAUCCUCGUCAUCGAUGUCGAGUUCCAUAUAAUCAAGAACAGCGCAGGCCUUGGUUUCCGUCCAAAGUGCAAGUUGAAGCUAUCCUAUGCAACAGACUCUCCAGAUUCCCAGCAGACUCGAGACCCUCGCCUCGGUCUCCUCCUCGAGCAGGAGGUACAGAAAAUUGCCGACAAUCUCUUUGGCCUCUUUAACAACGCCAAUCUUCAACACGACAGGUCUGCUGUCUCGAAAGCUCUUGCAAGCUGGACCAACAACCUCAACGAGCUUCUUCUACUCGAUCAUCUUGAAGCUCAGGCGAGCCAAGCUGCACCAGCAGGUUCAAGAUCUAAAGACCUCUUUGCUGCUAUGCAAGAGCUUUGUGCGGCUGUCAUCAAGCUAUCUCAUGCCGAAGCUUCUUCUUUUACUUCCACAGCUUUGCUCGAUCGUGGACAUGGACUACACCAGCUACACUCCAACAAGCCCUUCCUCCAUUCCGUGUUCGCAAAAGACCCAGUAUCAAAGCAGGAGUAUACAGUGUCGCUCGGCGUGCAAGCGCUCCAUCUUCCUGCCGCGAGUCAUUCUGCUCCUCGCGCCACCUCGCCUUCAUUCCCGCUUUCUGAGGCCGCCAACGAUAUCCUUGCCGCUUCCGCAACUUCAGAUCCGGCCAGAUCGUUAGGAUCAGUUGCAUCGCCGAUUGACAAGCAGAAGCGCGUCCCCUUGCACUUUGUUGUUCGAUUGUCCCCACCUGUCGUGGUCACCAGGCCGACUGCUGCCAAGCUCGUAGCCAUUUGCAACCUCAAACAGGCCACGCCUCACAACGCCGCCGCCGCACCAUCCACCGGCGCAACUUGGUUUGAAGACGUAUUGGCUUCCUCAUGGUCUAGACGACCAAAACAUGUUGCCCAUCAAGACCUGCGUAAAGCUUCUCGAUGCACCUUUACUCUCGCGCAGACAGUCGAAAGCGUUCGCAGCACCGAGUCGCAGGGACUCGUCAUUGAUUCUUUGCCAUUGCUAAGCGCAUCCACUGUAUCCGCUGAUGCUAUGGAUGAGAGUGACGCCUCACUGCCCCGAUCAUCUACAUUGGCCAGAUUCUUUGCCGCUAUUGAGGUGCUGCGAGAUGAAGUCAAAGUCACCGAGCUCAUGCACUCUGCUAUCGCCUCCAGUGAUGCUACCGCAGACUUGAACAAGCUAAAUCAGACCACAUCAGACGAGCUCAACCUGGAUGAUAUACUAUCUGCAGCAUCAGAAGACAUGUCGUCCAAGAUUCCUGUUACUCUUGCUUUCCGCACACCCGUCCGUGAUGCAACGGAAGAGGCCCGUCAAUCACUGAGCUUGCAGCUCACCUUCCGCAUCCUCGCGGAGGACGGCUCAACCGUCGGCUUCGAGGCCUCCGUCUCGCCAUCGAAGCAAGCAUCCGAGAUUGGCUGGUCGCUCUCCGCUGAUGUCAAGCUUCCUUCAGCAGCGGCCUCCAACAGCAAGACAGCUCGUUUGCAAAGCUCGUCGGCAGAAGCUCAGUUCAUAGCGUCAAAGCUAUCCGACCUGGAUUCUCUUGAGGAUGUGGUGCUUGGUCUGGCAGACUGGGCCGAGAAGCAAUUCGCAGUCCGUCUUAAAAAGCCAGCAGAGACAGCAGCCAGCUUCAACCCGCUGUCGUACGAGCAGCAGAACGUUCAUGCAAUCUACGAGACGAUCGCACCUCACUUCUCCAGCACACGAUACAAACCAUGGCCGCUAAUUCCUGCAUUCUUGAGCACCAUCCCAGCCGGCAGUCUGGGAGCCGACCUCGGAUGCGGCAAUGGCAAGUAUCUUCCGAUACGAUCGACCCUCGCACUGUCUCCUCCCUCCACGUCUGGCGGGCAGGACAAGGGCACGGAGAAUCUCGAGGCCUCAAAACGUUUGAACAGCCUCCUCACUUUCGGCGUGGACCGCUCCUCGAACUUGGUCGCUUUAGCGCGCGAUAACUUUGGUAUGCUCGAAAAUGCCAAGUCCAAGCCUACCGGUGGAAAGGAUGUAGUGCCAUCAACGACAAGGCGUCAGGAGGUCGCAGUUGGAGACGCUAUUCAUUCAUCCCUGCGUACUGGUCUCUUCGACUACGCGAUCAGCAUUGCCACCAUCCAUCACUUUUCCACCUGGGAAAGAAGACGUGCUUCUGUGCAGGAGCUCAUCCGUCUCAUCGAGCCUGUGGAUGCAUCAUCUUCAUCUACGAGCGGAGACGGUGGCGAGGCGUCGACGCCGGUCGACCCACGCCUGAAAGGCGGAUCCGGUCGCGGCAGGUUCAUGAUCUUCGUCUGGGCGCUCGAGCAAAAAGAUGAAGGCAAACGACAGUUCCAGGCUUGCGAUCCUGAGGCUUUGAAGAGCAAGCCAGAGAUCGAUGACCCCAAUCAUGCUCAGAAGAGUAAAGAUCGUCUCGUGGCAUAUAGCGGGUUGCAGGCAGCGUCGGCGCAGUCGCUCGAAGCCGAGACAAAGGUCACCGACGACCAAGACGUCCUCGUUCCUUGGGUGCUCACCACCGCCACACCCAAGGCGAGCAAAAAGGUCAAACCUGCAUCACCAUCCAAGAAGAAGGGCAAGAAAAGUCAAACAUCACCUACAGAGGCGGAUAGCGGGAGCGUGAAAGAGAUCCAAGCCAGCCUCGCUGAGAUCAAAGUGGAAGCGAACGACGAAGACAGCAAAGCGGAGACGACAAAAAAGGACGCCGAGCGACCGGUCUACAAUCGUUACUAUCACAUGUUCCGUGCAGGAGAGCUCGAGGCGCUUGUCGCUGAUGCAGCAGCCACCAUGCCUCUUGUCCACCGUCGUCGAGAACCGAGCGGAAGGAAGGAAAAGGUCGAGGUGGUGAGCGAGGCAAGUGGGUGGGAACGCGGUAACUGGUGGGGAGUUUGGCGGGUUCAGCGGUCGCAAUGA